UCUAGCUAUUUUGGGGGUUUUUAUCAGGAAUACCAUUCCUGUUUAUUCCUUUUUUAUUUUAAUUAAGUGAACUGAGGGAUUGAAGUGAGAGCAGAGGGACCCUCACCAUGGUUCUGCCACCCCCUGACAAACGUCAUGUUUGUCUAACCACCAUUGUUAUCAUGACCAGCAUGGCUUUUAUGGAUGCCUAUCUGGUGGAGCAGAACCAGGGUCCACGUAAAAUCGGUGUUUGCAUCAUUGUCCUGGUAGGGGACAUCUGCUUCCUCAUAGUUUUACGUUAUGUUGCUGUGUGGGUGGGGGCUGAAGUUAGGACUGCAAAGCGUGGCUAUGCCAUGAUCCUCUGGUUCCUUUAUAUCUUUGUUCUGGAGAUCAAACUCUAUUUUGUCUUCCAGAACUACAAGACUGACCGCAAAAGUCUGGAAACUGUCGCUCGAAAAGCUUUGACUUUGUUGCUUUCAGUUUGUGUUCCAGGGCUCUAUCUUGUCCUAGUGGCCUUGGACAGCAUGGAAUAUGUGAGAACUUUCCGGAAAAAGGAAGACAUGCGAGGUCGAUUGUUCUGGGUGGCACUUGACCUUCUGGAUGUGUUGGAUAUCCAGGCCAACCUGUGGGAGCCACAGCGAACAGGAUUGCCAAUCUGGGCUGAGGGACUCAUGUUCUUCUAUUGUUACAUCCUGCUGCUGAUUCUACCAUGUGUGUCUCUAAGUGAGAUCAGUGUACAAGGUGAGCAUGUCUCACCACAGAAGAUGAUGCUCUACCCUGUGCUCAGCCUGGUCACCAUUAACAUUGUUACUAUUCUAAUUCGUGGAGUCAACAUGGUGCUGUUCCAGGACAGCCGAGUUUCCACCAUAUUCAUUGGGAAGAAUGUGGUGGCAAUAGCCACCAAGGCAUGCACAUUUCUGGAGUACCGCCGCCAAGUAAAGGAGUUCUCACCACAAGAUCCUGCAGGCAUUGCUAUGGAGAUCCAGCAAAACUCAGUACCACAUAACCAAACUCUGCCAAAUGCUACAACAAGUCUGCCUGAAGAGCUAUCACCUCCUCGUGAGGUCAUAGACACAUAACCAAAGCUUACACAGACAUCAAGUCAACAUCUUAGAUUGUCUAUGAAUUUGGUCUUUAAAGGGGAUGAAACAAAUCAUUUCUGUCCA